GUCUGUAACUGCCAUGGCCGGAAACGCAAAAUUGAUGAUUCUGGCUUUCGUUGUAUCGAUAUUUGAGAGAUAAUCCAGUCUUCUUUCUGCAAUUCAAACUCGUAAAACCCUUUCAAGGAACGCUGUAAAUCUUAUAGAUUCGAAACAAAUCCCCAGAAUUUGAGAGGAUUGCCACUUGCUACUGCUGCUAGUUCUUAGUUCCAAUUCGAGACAUCCACACAUGUCUAUUACUGCCCUUUCCAUCCUUCGCAAUCGCUCGGUUCUUCCUAAUUGCAACAAUUUCCUCCGCCAUGUCUCUUCUCGUACCUCUCGUUUCGGUUUCGUCUCAAUUGCAGCUCGACAAAACCCAAAUAGUUACAGAAAGCAACAACCCCACAAGUACCUCCUCAGAGCAAAGGACACCGUCAGGGAACUAUCAUCUCUUUCUCCACUUCUCUCUCCGGAGAAUGGACCUGUUCUCAUGCCGAACCAGGCCAUCGGGAUGGUUGCCGCUGCCCAAGCCAAUUUCAUGAGAGUCAUCGUCGAGUCAGCUGGUCCGUCGACGGCUCCUGAAAACCCUAUCGAACCCGAGGAACAAACAGUCGGAGUUGAGUUGCUGUGCGUGGUUAGGGCUCUUUUGAAGAAGAUCAAGAGGAGGGUUUUGGUUGGGGAUAAGGUGUUGGUAGGGUCCAUUGAUUGGGUGGACCGCAGAGGGAUGAUCGAGAAUGUUUUCCAGAGGAAUUCUGAGAUCCUCGAUCCUCCGGUUGCCAAUGUAGAUCAUUUGCUGGUGCUUUUCUCAAUUGAGCAGCCGAAGCUUGAGCCAUUCUCUCUCACCAGGUUCUUGGUUGAGGCUGAGUCGGUCGGGGUUCCUCUCACGCUCGCUCUGAACAAGUUGGAUCUUGUCGACGAAGAGAUACAAUUGGCAUGGAAAGCAAGGCUCAGCGAAUGGGGCUAUGAGCCACUCUUUUGUAGUGUAGAGUCCAAACAUGGCUUGGAUUCUCUUGAAUUAAUCUUAAGAGGGCAAACAACUGUCAUUGUGGGUCCAAGUGGUGUUGGCAAAUCCAGUCUGAUCAAUGCUUUGAGAAGCAAUCAGCGAGUUCCUUAUGCUGCAGAAGCGGAUAACUGGUUUGAACUUGUUGAAGGCAGCAAGUGGUUUGGAGAUCAGCGAGUUGGUGAAGUGUCCGCAAAAAGUGGCAGGGGGAAGCACACCACUCGCCAUGUUUCUUUACUUCCUCUAUCUGGAGAAGGAUAUCUUGCUGAUACUCCGGGGUUUAAUCAGCCUAGUCUGAUGAAAGUAACAAAGAAAUCCCUUGCACAAGCAUUUCCAGAGAUCAGAAGGCGGCUCAAUGCCAGUGAGCCUGUGAAAUGUUCAUUCAGCGAUUGCCUGCAUCUUGGUGAGCAAGGUUGUGUGGUGAAGGGGGACUGGGAAAGGUACCCAUACUAUCUUCAACUGCUUGAUGAGAUCAAAAUCAGAGAAGAAUUCCAGUUGAGGACAUUAGGAACAAAAAGGGAAGGUGACGUGAGGUACAAGAUGGGUGACAUGGGCAUCCAACAAGCAGAGCCUAGGCUGGAGAUGAAGAAGCAUAGGAGACAAUCUCGGAAGCGGAUCAACCAGUCGGUACUCGAAGAAUUGGAUGAUCUAGAUGAUGUGGAUGAGGAAAACAAGCAGAAUUAGAAAAUCUGGUACU